AUGACUCGUGAUAAUCUAUUCGCCAGACACCUGAGAAGCCCCGGCGAUGAUGGGUACCGUACUCCAACCAUUGAAGAUACCGAAAAUGAUCUCGCUGAACACACCGACGGAGCCACUAUAUUCCAACCAAGGGGGCCCAGAAUCCGACAAGCACAUACGUCGGCCUUACAGGCGCUACAUAUGUCCUCCUAUCGCAAGUCCGAGGGAGAUGGAGACGAGAGGAGGGAUGAUCUGGCUCUUCCCCAGAGCGCAGCUAGAGCCUCAGCCACUGGACUUGGCUGGAAGAAGCGGAUUCGUCACAUCACCUGGGCCUUUUUUACCUUGACCAUGGCAACCGGGGGGAUUGCAAAUGUCCUAUAUUUUGUGCCUUAUAGGUUCCGCGGCUUGGACACCAUUGGGAUUAUAUUCUUCCUGUUCAACUUGAUCCUUUACGUUCUAAUCUGGUGUCUUCUGAUUGCACGUUUUUACCUCUACCCUUACACGUUCAAAGCAUCUUUUCUGCACCCGACAGAAUCCCUAUUUGUUCCAGCGUCAUUGGUUUCGUUUGGAACAAUAUUGAUCAAUGUCUCACAAUAUGGGCCCGGCCAUGCAGGGCCUUGGCUCACCUACGCGGUUGGGAUCCUUUUUUGGAUUGAUGCAGCUCUGGCAGUCAUUUCUUCUGCCGGUAUCUAUCUCAUCCUCUGGUCAACCCAGACAUUUACAAUUGCACAGAUGACACCUAUAUGGAUCUUUCCAGCAUACCCCAUGCUUAUAAUCGGCCCCCAUGCUGGGAUUCUGAGCUCCAAACUUGAACCUUCCCGCUCUCUACGUAUAAUAAUUGGUGGUACUACCAUCCAAGGGGUAGGCUUUUUGGUCUCUUUGAUGGUUUACUCAGCAUUUAUUUACCGACUGAUGUCGCAAAAGCUCCCCCGAGAGAACGUCCGGCCCGGUAUGUUUGUUUCAGUCGGUCCCAGUGCUUUCACUGUGUCGGGAAUCGUGAAUAUGGCUGCCCAUGCAAAAAGAUGUUUCCCGGAGGACUUCAUGGGCAACGGUGCAUUGGCUGCAGACAUUGUGAAAGUUGUUGCUGAUUUUGCAUGCCUUUGGCUUUGGGGGUUAGCGAUCUUCUUCUUUUUCAUUGCAAGCUUUGCACAUUGGUCCGUUAUCGGGCCGGGCCGAAUGGUCUUUUCGAUGGCGUGGUUUUCAUUCGUGUUCCCCAAUACGGCCCUGAUAACGGCGACUUUCGCAAUCGGGGAGGCAUUCUCUUGCAAACCAAUAUCAAUCAUUGGGUGCGCAAUGGUAUUUCCCCUUCUUCUGAUGUAUGUAUUUGUCUUCUACAUGAUGGUCCGCGCCAUUGUGUACCGCCAAAUACUUUGGCCUCAGAAGGGCGAAGAUAAAGACGAAGGGGGGUUUCAAAUCAACCAACUCCAGCCUGACUCGCCCGGUGAGAGCACGCCCGUGUGA